CCUCCGGCUUCUGUUGGGCGAGGGGCGGGCGGUAGCACCUGGCCCGCCUCCUGCCCCUGGCUGCCGGGGACGGUGCCACCACUGUGAGCCUUCCCCAGCAAUCCCCUCCUCCAAGGCCCGUGUGUGCGAGUCUGUGACCUUCAUCCUGCCACCCUGCAUUCCUGCAUUGCUCCUUCCACUAUGCGCCUGACACGCUUGUAGAUUUUCAGUGGAAACUGGGUAUGGCUGUGAGCUCCGACAGUUGCAGAUCUCUUAAGUAUCCUUAUGUUGCAGUGUUGCUCAAAGUGGCAGAUCAUUCAGGCCAAGUAAAGAACAAGUGCUUUGAAAUGACAAUUCCACAAUUUCAGAAUUUCUACAGACAGUUCAAGGAAAUUGCUGCAGUUAUUGAAACUGUGUGAAAAUUGAUUACUUGGUUGAUAAAUUACUACCAUCAUUCUAAAAUCAUGGACUUUACUUUCUGUAACAAAACUGUAUAAGGAUCAAAUGAUAUUUAUUGAGUGAAAAUUGUACUUUUGCUUACCCAUUUUUUAAUAAUAAAAACCCAAAGAGGAAUAGAUAA